AUGCUGUAUUAUUGUGAAAAGUGACACCGGAAACAGGGAUGUUUUCCUAGUUUAUCUACAUUUUUUUUCUUCUUUUUUACGAUUGUCUCUUUUGGAGCCUGUAUAUCUGCAGCAGGGUGGCAAAGGAGCCUCUUCUCCUCAACACUUCUUGACGUUAUGGUGAGGAAAGAGUGAAUAAAAAGCCACAGCGGUCCUCUGCACAGUUCUCCAUGGAUUCCAACAACGAUGAAGCACUCGACAUCAUUGUUACAAAUGUGGUGGCCACGUUCAGGACCAGGUGUCACCUCAACUUGCGCAAGAUUGCUUUAGAAGGAACCAAUGUCAUCUACAAGCCUGAAGUCGGGAAAGUGCUGAUGAAACUCCGUAAACCAAUGAUAACCGCUUCAAUUUGGUCCUCAGGGAAAAUAAUCUGCACUGGAGCAACAAGUGAGGAAGAGGCAAAGUUGGGCGCUCGGAGGUUAGCUCGCUGUCUGCAGAAACUGGGCUUUAAGGUGAGGUUUUCGGCGUUCAAAGUUGUGAACGUGCUCGCUGUGUGCUCCAUGCCGUUUGCAGUACAUCUUGUAGACUUCACAAAGAACAACCGGCCCAUUGCCAGUUAUGAACCUGAACUCCAUCCUGCUGCUACUUAUCGAAUCAAAAAUCUGAAGGCUACUGUCCAAGUGUUUUCUACUGGCAGCCUCACAGUGACAGGACCAAAUGUGCAGAGCGUGGCCUCAGCAGUGGAGUACAUCUACCCACUACUGUAUGAGUGUCAGAAACCCCGCUGCAAAUAAAGCAAAACAGAACAGAGAGGAUCCAGGGGAAUCAUCAGGAAGCACCUUAUCCUUGGAUAGAUGCUACAACAGAAAGAAAUGUCGAAACCACCCGACUGAUUGGACUCGGAUGUUAGAAUCCUAUUUAUUGGAGUUGAAUGAAGAUCGUUGCUUUGGGUGUCUUUUUUUGCAUGGAAAAACGCUCGACAGUGUUGAUCAUCGCAAAGUUGUCGUUUUCAGCCGCAUAUACAGCGAGUCCUUUUUUUUUUUUUUUUUCUUAAGAAUCUCCGUCCAUUUGUAGACAGAGAUGAGAUGUCCACCCCAUGUUGUAACAUUUUUUUAAGCUAACAGAUUCAGACAACAAUUAGGAAUGUAAACAAAACGCAUCCUUCUUCAUGUUGAUUUCCCUUGCAGCGUUGUUUGAUUCUCUGCCCUUUGUUCAAAAAACGAACAGGCGUUACUUUGUGUCCUUUCCUCACAAUUUCACUCUCCUGCUAAACUUGUAUAUAUUUAUUCUCAUAUGUUGGAUAGUGCACUAGCGUAAACUAUCUCUUACAUGUUUUUAAAUGUGAAUUUUACUGCAGGUUUUCACUUGGUUCAUUAAAAUUCAAAGCCAUCAUUUUAUUAUUCAGGAAUAAAGAAGUCAGUUGAUAUGAAACAGUACAUAACUCAUAACAUCAGCAGCCACCCUGUGGACAAAUGUUUGGCAGCAGUAACACUUGUCGAGACGAUUUACUCCAUUCACGAGUUUUUACAGUGAAAUACAAUAAAGGCAGCACUGAAGUGGCAUUUAAAAAAAAAAAAAGAUCCA